UUUUGUACAAAGUCUCCCUCUGGUAGUUGCAUGAAAAACCUUUAUACGUAUGUCUAACGUUUAAGGUUAGGUUAACGGUAACUGCUAAUCAUCAGGUGGACGAAGAAAUUAAUUUUACCCAGAAACAUAAAGGAAACUGCUUCGAGAUAGGCAAAGAUAUUGCGUAACAUACAAACGAAAUAUACAGGUGAAUUGGAAAAACCUCUAUUUUAUAAUUCGCUUACAAUAGAAGGUAACCAAUUCUUCGAGUACUAUCUACAAUUCCAGAAAUAUUACGAUUAUAUAGCAGAUCAUGAAUGGAAUAGAUAUGUCGAUUCGACCCAAAUAAACGUCCUAUUCCUGUUUGAUCGUAAAACUGGCUGUUGGCGGAUUCUCUGCUCCCAAUUUAUCCCGCGGUAACGUCGACGUCGGUAGUACGGCGGCGCACGCGCCACGCCCGCUCGCCCGCCAUACCUGAGCGAAAUCAAUCCAAUAUAAUACUGUAAAUAUUUAUCAUAAGCCCAUAUAAUAUCCACCACGUCGCCUGUCUAAUGCGAUGACGAGUGUUUCAAGUGGAUUUUUAUUGAUAGCCAGUCAUCAAUGAGAGCUCGGCGUAAUGUAAACACAGGAUUUAGUGAAGCCCGCGAUGAUUACGAAAGAAAUUAAUGAUGCGAAUAAAUUGUGAUGUUGUGAAUUAUGUUGUAUGCGGAUCGUUGGGUUUGAAUUUAUUAGUGGAUGUGAGUUUAUGGUGUAGUGUGUGUUUGUUUAGUUUUGUUUAGUUAAGAUGUCACGGCGGGACGGGCGCCUGGAGCGGCCGGAGUACCCCAUAACGCCGUUGCCACCACCGAGCAAAUGUGCUAAGGUGCUGUACUACACGUGGAAGCUGUGCUCGGUGGUGUUCUCGCACUUCGUGAUGAUCAGCCUGGUGGUUGCGUACUGCAUCCUCGGCGCCGUCACCUUUGAGCGGCUGGAGGCGCAGCACGAACGGGAGGUGAAGAUGAACAUAUCUCAGAUCCGCAGCAACACGACGCAGAGCAUCUGGCUGAUGACGCGCAACGUGCCGCUCCUCAACCAGACCAACUGGACCUCCGACGUGGUGGACAUGCUGAAGGACUUCGAGAACGCGAUCCUGCUGGAGAUGAAGGUGCGCGGGUGGGACGGCAACGAGAGCACCGACCACAUACAGUGGACCUUCACCGGCGCGCUGUUCUACUCCAUCAUCGUCAUCACCACUAUAGGUUACGGGCACAUUGCUCCCAAGACGCAAACUGGCAAGGUGGUGACCAUCUUCUACGCUAUUCUGGGCAUCCCGCUGAUGCUGCUCUGCUUGGCCAAUAUCGGCGAUGUUAUGGCUUCCUCUUUCAGAUUUCUGUACUGGCGUGUCUGCUGCUAUGUGUGCACUCGACCGCCAAAAAAAAAGCAUCGACACCAUCAUGCUUCCAUGAGGCGGUCGAUACGCACGGGCAGCGGCCGCGGCUCCACGCGUCGCCGUCGUCCUUUAGAGCGGGCACAUUCCGACACUGAUUGCAGAUACCGUGACAGCGGGUACAGCAGCGGGCGCGCGCGGCGACCCCGCCAGCCGCCGGCGCCGCCGCCCCCAGCCGCGCGCACCGCCCGCUCGCAGCCCCCACUGUCUACUCAUACAAGGGGAUACGGUACGAGAGAAUAUGAUCGUGAAGAUUGUUCACCAGUUCGGUACGAGAAAUAUGCACGAGAUCAGUACGACGAUGAUGAAGAGGGGUUUCCAAAAAUAUCACUCCCCCUGCAGGACUUAGAAGCCGCACUGAAAGAUUUAGACAACCAUCAGAUGAAAAUAACCUCAAAAUCGGAGCUGCGAAGUAAAUCACUGCCAAGACCUGCAAAGUCCAAACCAGAUUAUGGGCCACGGAGAGAUUUUGAUGACAAUGGACAUUAUGAUAUUGAUAAUUCUAAGGAUAUGUAUGAAAUGCAUGAUCUUCACGACGUCGAUUAUGAGAACUAUAAAGAAAGGAAAGCGUUAGAAGAAAGAGAGAGAAGGAGGAAAGAGCACGACGGUUAUAAUUACAGAGACAGGGCGUAUGAUCCAGAAGAUGAGGAUUUUGAAUUUGAUGCUCCAAGAAGUAAGAGGGUGCGACAUGACUGGAGGGCAGAACGCGGUCGUUCUGAAUAUUAUGAGCGUGACAGGGAGGACUUGGCUGACGAUAGAAGGCGGGGCCGACGAGCUCGCAGUGCCAUCUAUGAUUACGAGCACCGGUGGGCCGACGACAGGGACCGAGACGUGGAGACCGGCCGCGGGCGGCGCCUGCGCAGGCUGUACACUGUCGACGAUACUGCACGGCUGUCUUAUAGAUAUUCGCCAUCACCGGACCGAGAUGACUGGAGUGACGAAGUCGUUGUUUCGCCUAAGCGACAUCGUCACCAAGCGUGGGGUUCCCGUCAAUCUGAAAUAUAUCCGUUUCCACCUGAGGUACCUGCAAAAGAAGAAAUAAAGCCGGUGCCGAUCUGGUUGUGUGUAUUCCUAGUGGCGUCAUACAUCGUGGCCGGCACGUUCCUGUUCAAACGCUGGGAGGGCUGGGCGUAUCUGGAUGCUGCCUACUUCUGCUUCAUCACGCUCACCACCAUUGGAUUCGGUGACUUUGUGCCAGCUCAGGGCCAAAGUGUGGAAGACCCAGCGGCAGCAGUCCACUCCAUAGCACUUUGUUCCUUGUACCUGCUAUUCGGUAUAGCGUUACUGGCGAUGUCGUUCAACCUUGUACAAGAGGAGGUGAGGGCCAACGUCGCCUCCCUCGCCACCAAGCUCGGCAUCAUCAAGCCGAGAGACCAGCACAACGAUACUGACACCGAUUAUUGAAUUAUACAAUUACAAAACAAAGUACUGAACCAUUUUGUGCAAGAAUAAUAAAAUGUAUGGAUACUUUAUCUUUGAUUGUGUAUCUGAUUGGCAAAUACAGUAUCUCGGUGGCAGUGACUUCACUGUAUGUGUACACUGCGGAAUUGUUUCCCACGAAAUACAGACACAGUCUCUUCGCCUU